GUAAUGACUCCGAAGCAAACUGUGCGAACGUUGACACUCGUGGCGUGGACGCUGCUUGCUCUAGCCCACGGAAAAGGCGGCCUCUUUAAGAAAGGUCAAAAAUGUCAAGUACUCAAACCCGUCAUGGAGGUCGACUGGAAAAAGAUGGAAGGAGUUGAGUGGAUGGAAGGACUCACUUUUCCUGAUGUGUGGAAGAAGUGCCCCGUAUUGAGGUUUUAUCCACAUAACGAAACUCUGUUUCUGCAAACCAAAGACGGACCUUAUAGCCCUAUAAAAAGCUCAGAUCGCCUCAAGCUUCUAUUCAACGGCACUAGGCAGUACUGGUACAAAACUCACCCAAAGUUCCAGCAGAUUUUAGAUACCGACUAUUCGACGUGGGCCCUCGUGCACCACUGCUGGGAAGGCGGCUCCGGAUCCUGGUUCAUGCUACUUCUGAGAAAACCAUUGAAGGCGAUACCCGAAACCGUAAUGGCGAGGGUCAAGAGCUCCAUGGCCAAGGCUGGGCGCACAAAGAAGUACUGGUGGAAGCGUACUGGCUGUAUGCUCCCGGAAGAUGUUCAAAAGCUCGUGAUAGUGGACGGGCUUGUGCCAUAGCGUA